CUUUCCCCACAAGUCUGGGUUUUGUGUCUUUUUUGUUUGCAUGCAGAGGGUGAAACAAAGAGUUCUUACAAAACUGUCCUAAAAGUUGAAACGCUUUCUCUGAAUUCCAGCCCAGGGCAAGAAGCCAGAUUUGUUGAAGAUAAGCAGACUGAACUAAAAGAGGGAAUUUCAUGGGUCAGACAGUCUGCAGUGCCAUAUACUAGCUGGUGUCAGGAUGUAUUCACAAAGACCAAACCUAAGGUGGAAACUGCAGUAGCAUUCAAAACUGACCUACAAAUAUCUAAGAGAUGCACCACUUGGAUUCUAUCCCAGACUGGGUCUGAUUGGACUUGCUGGAAUUGUUGGCUUAGUUAUUGCAAGAGGUUCAAGAAUAAAGAAAAUAACAUAUCCUCUGGGGGUUUAUGGGAAUUGGGGCCUCCCUCUAUUACCCCCAACAGACAGCCACAAUUGUAA